AUUGUUGCCACCUGGAGUACACGUAAUGGGUUCUGGGCUCGAGUGAAGACCUUUUUCUAUUUUGUAAUAGCGCUCCGGCGUUGGUGCCCCGGGAUAGGCGGGAGUAAGUUGUGUUCGAAUGCAGAAUCAAUCACAGCCUACAAGUUACGUUGCAGUAGCUUCCCCUGCCUUGCAGCUGUUUACUCUGAGUAUCUACCUAGCUCCAGCCCCGGCAAGUGCCGCCGUGUUGAGAUGUGUUCUGCUUGCUGAUGUUGAGACUGGGAGCUUGCUACUGAAAAACAUCACUCGGGAAGCCAUGACACAAUAAUCACACUGUCGGAUUUGGAGUGUGACUACAUUAACGCACGAGCUUGCUGUUCAAAGUUGAACAAAUGGGUUGUUCCAGAGCUGGUAGGACAGGCCCUGGCUACAGUACUGAUGCUGGUGUCCAUGCACUGGUUCAUAUUUCUACUGAACCUGCCUGUAGCGGCCUGGAAUGUCUUCAGGUUUGUAAAGGUGCCAAUGGGGAACAUGGGCGUGUUCGACCCCACUGAGAUACACAACCGUGGCCAGCUCAAGUCCCACAUGAAGGAGUCAAUGAUCAAACUGGGCUUCCACCUGCUCUGCUUCUUCAUUUACCUGUACAGCAUGAUCCUGGCGUUGAUCAACGACUGACAGUCCUGCUCUGCUCCCAACCCGAGCAGCCAAAUGAUGAACUCUUGGGUAUGAGAUUAACCUGGGCCAAGCCUCCUGCUCAUCCCAAGACUUCAUCACACUCCAUGGACCUCGGACAACCAGUCAGCACCUCCCAGCCCAGUCCAGCACCACCCAGCCCAGUCCAGCACCACCCAGCCCAGCACCACUCAGCCCAGCUCAAAUAUCAAUUUUAAUAACAUGCUCCUUCUGAUCUCAAAACUGUCCUAAGUAACUGAAGUGUGUGUGUGAGAGCAUGUGUUCUGCUGCAACCAUGUUGGCAGCUCUCCUGGUGUUCCAGGCCAGAGGAAUCACAGCCCAGCCGCCUGAACAGCAAGCUUUCUAAAAAUUGCUUUUUUCUUUUUAAUGCGUUUUGUCUGUUUCUUCAUGGUUUCUUCUUUCUGACCAUAGUGUUGUACUGCAGAGCAACAGCCAGUGUGUUUACAGUAACCUGAUAUUGGAUCCAGCUCUGAGGUUCCACUGGCUGGUGAUGAGAGUUCUCAUACAUUGUCUUACACACUGAUUUGGGUCAUUUCAACUUUGACUGAUUCUGUCUCUUGAUGCGUUAGAGGAUAAUGCAUUGCCUGUUUGAUUCUUUUUCCAUGAGAAAAUGCCUGCUGUUGUUCUAGCUUCUUAGGCAGUUUGGGAGUACCUGUGUUCAAUGCAUCAGUAUUUCUUUACGUUCCAAACUGGGGAGGGAAGUAUUUUAAGAUUCAUUUUGGAAGGUUUUACAAACUUUGCGUUUGAAAAUUAUGGAGUUUCUUAAAUAAACUUGAAAGAGUAAA